CGAGCAUAGCUGAUGGUAUAAGAGGUACCUAAAUAACCAAAGCUAUGGCGAUAACUUCAUAGAAGAGACGCAUGAAGCCAUAGGAAUCAGUAGUUAACUAAACAUUAAAUCAUCUCUCAAUGAACAAUAUCGUUCUUCGGCGUAAAUAUCUAUCCGAGCAUCCGUAAAGAAACGCGCGCCCCAGACCGUUUAGUCGGAGCUGGCGGCAUACGGGCAAAUUGCGGAAAAUUUGCGGGAUUCUAGCGGAAUUCCUCAUCACGUCGAUCAUGCGUGUCAUGAGGGCGCCCAGUACUUACCACGCAAAAUCCUUGCUUGACGUAUUUGGAGUGAUUUCAAAGCAUACUCCAGGGAUGAGAUAAUCAAACCAAAAAAAAAAAGAGGAGGGCAUGGCAGCCCGGUUACGACGUCGGUGAGUGAAGUGAAGAAGCCCGCUAGUUAUUAUAAAGCCGAGCGAACGACCCCCCAAUUCUACAGACCAUAUCUCGCUCUGCAUUACCCUCAAAUUCCCUUAUUUACACUUCAAGUUUCUCUAAACAUUUCAUUGCCCAAUAUGUCUCCCUCAGUGCCUGUCAAGAUCAUCCUCGGCACCCACACGGUGGGCAGCAAGUCCGAACAUCCCGGGAUCGUGCAUUUCGACACCGCAGAAGAAGUCCGAGCUCUCCUGGACGCGUUCUACAGCCGCGGGCACAGGGAGCUCGACACGGCGCGCAACUACCCGGGGUCGGAGGAGCGGCUGGGGCUCGCCGGGGCGCCGUCGCGGUUCCUCGUGCACACCAAGGUACGCGACGGCGCGGGCACCACGCACCCGCAUGAGCCGGCGCAGAUCGCGCAGAGCAUAGACAAGUCCCUCUCGGACCUCGGGACCGCCAGCGUGGAGACCAUGUACCUGCACGUGCCGGACCGGACGACGCCGUUCGAGGACACGGCCCGGGCGAUAGACGAGGGCUUCCGCCAGGGCAAGUACAAGAGGUUCGGGCUGUCGAACUACAGCGAGGAGGAGGUGCAGAGGUUCCUGGACAUCUGCGAGGAGAAGGGCUACGUGAAGCCCAGCCUGUUCCAGGGGCAUUAUAACCCGCUGGUCAGGGGCAACGAGAAGGCGCUGUUCCCGCUCCUGCGCAAACACGAUAUCGCCUUUUACGCUUAUAGCCCGGCCGCAGCGGGCAUUUUCCGCAGCGACGCGGAUAAAUACAAAACCGCACGAUGGAAAGACGACAACCAAAUCGGGGCUAUAUACAGCGCCAUGUACGGCAAGCCUGCUGUCGCGGAGGCGGUAGACGUGGUCCGGGACGCGGCCGAGAAGCACGGCAUCAGCGGACACGCGGCCGCCCUGCGCUGGACGGCGUUCCAUAGUAUCCUGGACGGGAAGUACGGGGACGGUAUUAUCUUCGGCGUGUCCAACUUGAACCAGCUUAAACAGACCCUCGACGCGAUUGACGCAGGACCGCUCCCCGCUGAGCUCGCGAAGGCUAUUGACUCUGUUUGGACUGUGGUUGACGGCCAGGGACCGCCUUACUAUAUUUAG